AUGGAAGUAGAAUACAGAUUGCCAUUAAUUUCAGAUCAUGCUCCUAUGGUAAUUAGAAUAAGAAGUGUUGAACGAAGUGGUAAGAUUCCAUUUAAAUUCUUCAAUGUAUGGGCUGACUAUCCAAACUUCCCGGCAUUGGUAGAAAAAAUAUGGAAAGGUCACCUAAGUGCAGAUCCUAUGAAGAAUGUCUGGUAUAAGAUGAAGGUUUUAAGGCCAUUACUAAGGCAACUAAAUAACAAGGAAUUCAGAGGCAUCAAAGAAUACACACAAAUAUCCUGCUGUACAGUACUAUAUAAACUUAUUACCAAGGUAUUGGACAACAGACUCCAGAAAGUUAUAGCUUCUAUAAUUUCAGAUACACAAGCAGGGUUCAUCCGAGGUAGAAAGGUGGCAGAUAAUGUCUUACUUGACCAUGAGUUGGUUAAGUCUUAUUCUAGGAAGAAUAUUUCACCAAGAUGUUUCAUCAAGGUAGAUAUUCAAAAGGCUUAUGAUACAGUGGAUUGGAGGUACUUACAGCAAAUGCUAGAAGGCUUGGGCUUCCCAAACAAAUUCACUAAGUGGAUUGUUGAAUGUGUGACAACUGUUAAUUAUACUAUACUCAUCAAUAGGGAAACAACUAAGCCAUUUGAUGCAGCUAUAGGGUUGAGGCAAGGGGAUCAAAUAUCCCCCUUUUUGUUUGCUAUAGCAAUGGAAAAAUUGAGCAGGAACUUGAAGACUUUGAAGCAGAAGAAGGCUUUUCAUUAUCAUCCCAUGUGUUCAAGGCUGGAUUUAACUCACUUAAGUUUUGCGGAUAAUCUCCUCUUAUUUGUAAGAGGAGAUGCUGCAUCUAUAGCACUACUACAUGACAGAUUCAAUAGUUUCUCAGCAGCAUCAAGUCUUAAAGCUAACCUAGCCAAAAGCUCUAUUUACUGUCGAGGGGUCAGCUUAGAAAUGAAGCAUGAUAUACAUCAAAAACUAGGCUAUAGUCAAGGAUCUCUCUUUUUCAGAUAUCUGGGCAUACCACUUGACACAAAGAAGCUCUUUGUAAUGCAAUGGCAGCCACUCAUUGAUAAAAUAGUGGCUAGGAUAUCCUCUUGGAAAAUAAAGAAGCUCUCAUAUGCAGGCAGAAUUCAAUUUGUGCAACAUGUAAACUUUGGUAUUCAAGCUUAUUGGGCUCAAAUAUUCAUCAUACUGGCUAAAAUUGUCAAAGCAAUUGAUGCCUACUGUAGAAGCUAUGUGUGGUCGGUGGAGAAUAUAAUUACUAAAAAAGCUUUAGUGGCAUGGGACAUGAUAUGUUCACCUAGAGCAACAAAGGGGCUUAACUUGAUCAACUUGGCACUAUGGAAUAAGGCUGUAAUCACAAAAACAUGUUGGGAAUUGGCAAACAAAAAAGAUAAGCUUUGGAUCAAAUGGAUCUAUAGUUACUACAUUAAGGAUCAAGUCUUUGCCACCAUGGGAGCACCAAAGCAGGCAUCAUGGAUGGUCAGGAAAAUAUUUGGAGCAAGGGGUAAUCUGGAUGUCAUCAGCAAUAGCGAGACUUACCUAAGGAAUGUAAUCAAACAUGUUUACUUGCAACUAUUAGGAGAGCUAUCUAAAGUCUCAUGUAAAGGUUUAAUGUAUCAGAAUCAAGCACGACCAAAAGUAGUCUUCACAGUGUGGCUACAAAUUCAAGGAAGAUUGCUCACUACUGACAAAUUGAAGAACUGGGGAAUACAAGUGGAAGACACAUGCUGCUUUUGCAAUCAAACACCAGAAACGAGGGAUCAUAUAUUUGCAGAAUGUGCAUUUGGUAGAAGCCUAUGGUCAAGACUCAUGCAAUGGUUACAGAUACAACAACCAUCUACAACAUCAUGGUUUGAUUGA